AUGUCCACCCCGGAGAAAACCCUCUUCAUCCUCGGCGGCAGCGGCUACAUCGGCACGCAAAUCAUCCGCCUUGCCCCCGACCCCCCCUACAACUUCACCCAAAUCCGCGCCCUCAGCCGCACCCCCGCAACCGACACCCACCUGACCAAUCUCGGUGCAACCCCCGUGCGCGGCGACCUGACCUCCCACGCCCUCCUGGAGCAUGAAUCCCGCCAAGCCUCCGCAGUCAUAAACCUCGCCACGGCCUACAUCUUCGGCCAGAGCGCCUCCUACGACGUCCAAGGCCUCGGCACCGACACCGCCGCGCUGGACGCCAUUGCACGGGGCCUUCAGAACACCGGGAAGCCGCUGGCGAUGGUCUCUGGCACGCUGAUCUACGCGCCACACCCUUCCGGGGAGGAGACGGAGGAGACCAGUCCAUUCGAUCCGCACCCUAUCAACACCCGAUCGAAGACGGAUGCGUAUGCGCGUGCUCUUGGCGCGCGGGAGGGGUUUCGGGCGGUGACGAUCCGACUGGCGCCCUUUGUGUACGGACGGGCCGGGAGCGGAGUGGGCCGGUUCAUGCGGCUCGCUGCUCAGAAUCAGCGUGUCGCGGUGGUGGCGGGCGGAGGGAAGAGGACGACGACGGUGCAUGUGGAUGAUGCGGCGCAGUUGUUUUUGCUGGCGGUGGAGAAAGGUGCGGCCGGGGAGGCGUUCAAUGCGAGUGCCGAGACGGGGGUCACGUUUCGGGAGUUGUUUGGGGCGAUAGCUGAGGUGGUCGGGGUCGGGAUUGUGGAUUUGACUGAAGAACAGGCGAUGGAGGGGAUGGGGGAGAUGGUGAUGCGGUUUUUGAGCACGGAGAAUCGCGCCUCGGGGAAAAAGGCGAGGGAGGUGUUGGGGUGGGUGCCCACCGCCCCGGGGGUGUUGGAGGAGAUUCGAGAGGGGUCGUAUAGGGUGUUGGCGGAGGAGUUGCGGGAGAAGGAAAAGUCAGCACCAUUGAAGAACUAG